AUGUCCUGCUUCGUCAACAGCCUCCGCGCAAUGGGGAACCCAGUCGAAGGCCCUGGGUACCCGAGCGUGCACGGUCGGUUUCAUUCAUCAGGACGCGAGCGCGAGACGUACAUAUCACCUGUUCACGAAGUCCGGGCAGACGGAGCUGAUCUCCCCCCUCUGUGCGGAGUGCCAAAGGACAGAACCGGCCUCGGAUGGAAGCUACGCCCGACGAUCGGAAAAGUUCCCUGGAAAAGCAUGGAUCUGAGCCCGCUUGGUGACAGCGGGACCCGAGAACACAGGGCGAAGGGAGGGCCUGCCGCGUCCCAUCUAAGGCAAGCGUCAUGGGGCAUGUCGAGGAACACGACAAGACAGCGUCGGAUGACCUCAGCACUCGGAAAUGGCGAAGAACACGGCACCGUUGCUUAA